UCACAAAUUUCUGUCCAAAUUUAUUCUCUUCUAUUUUAUUUUUAGUUUCUUUAAGAUAAUAAAUUAAUUUAUAAAAAAAUGGUUGUCGGGCGUGGCCGGAAUUUGCGGAUGAAACCUAUAAUUUGUAUCUCAAAAUUUGGGGGGAAAGUGGAAAAUGAAUAGAAGGCGCCUCCUUGUAGUCUCCUCCGACGACGAAGACGACGAUGAUAACCCCUGCCCUCCGCUGCCUACUCCUCCUCCGCCUCAACAGCACUGGUUAGACGAAGACGACCUCAUCGCCGAAGACAUCGAGUCCGAUUUCCAAACAGUUACACUGAACUCCGCAAAUCCUACUCCCGGCAGCAACAAUUCCUUCACCGCACCCCCCACCGCCACUCACACACAAGGAAACCACCGAUUCGAGCCGAUUCCACUUGAUAUCUCCGACGAAGACCGGGAAGAUGUUUCUACCGGUGACAAUGCCUUCCCUGAAGCCACGAACGGUAAUCACGGUCAUUUUCAAGUGUCGGAGUCGCCGGCGGUGGAUGGGGUUUUGAAGAGGCUAGGGCUCAGUGUUAGGGGAGAGUGGCUGGAUUCGUGUUUACAAGGUUUGCAGGCAUCCACGCCGGGGUUUCAGAGAAUGGACGAUUCAUCGAAGGCUAAGCUUUGCUUUAAGCAGUUGUUCUGGUCGGACAUGAAUUUCUGCGGCGCGGGGGUGCUUCCGCCGAAUGUGCACACAUUGCAUUUGGUUGAUCUCAAGGGGCCUUUUGUUCUUCAGGUGGAUGAGGCAGUAAACAUAAGCAACCCUGUUCGCGGGAGGUACCAAAACGCUGCUCCGGGAAUCAAGAGAUGCCUUAAACUGUCUAUGACAGACGGAAUCCAACGUGUGUUUGGCAUGGAAUAUCGACCCAUCAAAGAUCUUCAAGUUUUGGGGCCGGCAGGACUGAAGGUAGUUGUUUGUAAUGUACAUGUUAGGCAUGGGCUCUUGAUGCUAGUCCCUGAAGUUAUUGAGGUGUUGGGAGGAGCCGUAGAUGAGUUGGAAGCUGCACGACAGAGGCUUGUUGAAGAAAUAAAUAAGCCACCUCGGGGAAGAAGAAAUAGGCCAGGGGAGGUUGUUCCUCUGACAACUAGGGCAACACUUGCUGCAUGGCCACCUAGUAAUGAUGCAGUUCCAGGGCAUGUAGAUAAUAACCGCCCAACGAAUGUAAUUCCCCAGCAAACAAGCAGGCAAGGUUAUGCAGCUAGUGUACCUGCCAAUGAUAUGCACAGACAAGACUUUGCUACUCCAAUUAAUAGAAAUGAUGCUGUGGCCAACAACACUUCACAUGCACCCUGGCCACCUGAACAAGAUGAAAUUCAAGGGCAUACUGAUCCUCCUAUAACUACUCAUUCACGACAAGGUUCAUCUAUAAUCUAUAAUAAGGAAAAAUAUCUUUUUCCUGUAGCUAUCUCCCAAUGCUUGGAAGAUUUUCCUAUUUUUUUCCAUGAUACCAUAGGCCCUGGCAGACGCGGACAAGACAUUGAAGUUCCUGUGUAUCGAAGUAAUCCUCAGCCUAGUACCGUGCCUGCACUGCAGCGUGCACAAUCUGUUGCCACUGCUCAGCAUAUUAAUGAACCCUCAUCAGAAGUUUUGACACCUUUAGGAGGGACUAGGCAAGGCACCCCUGCCAGUUAUAUGCCUGAGGAGGAUGUUCAUGCACCUGUCGGCAUGGAUGAUGACGAGGCUAACACAUCUUCCAUACACAUGGAUGUUGAUGAUAUAUCUACUGUGGAUAAUCUGGAACCGCAUUUUAUACUUUCUGGAGAUAAAGAACCCCCUUUCAUAUAUUUGGCUAGUUUAUCAGCAAAGUAUGCAGCUAUUGAUGAUGAAACAUCUGUUGUUCGAGGAAAAAUAAAGUGUAUAAUAACUGGUGUCAAGGGAUUUCAAUUCAAAGGAAGGUCUACCUUUGAACUUCGUGUUUAUAUCGACGAUGGCAGUCUUAUCUCUGAGAUCCUCAUCGACCACAACGUUGUACGGAAUGCAAUUGGUUAUUCUACUCAAGAGGUUUCAAAGGCCUAUGAGUUUCCAGAAAUCAAACGGAUCAAGGAGGCAGCAAAAGAAUUUCAAAAAUUUCUAGCUAAUUUUGAGGGGACAUUGCUUGUAGAGAUGCGCAGAGAGUCUACCGUCCCAGUUGCCGUGGAGAUGGACCAGGGCUGUCCUACCUCUGAUGCUCGGUUGCUUCUUGAGAGGGUCAAGUCGCUGACUUCUACCCCUAUCCCCCUAAACACUAAAUCCUUAUCCCCAUAAGCUCUAGACAUUAACAAGAGUACAUCUUGAUGGUGGGGGAUCGAAUGGAAUCUGGCCACAUGAUGUCCUUUAUUCCGGGCAAGUCUACAACUUUCUUGCUUAUAGCUUGUGUGGGAGGAACUCCAGGGUCAGUGAGCAGGUACCAAUGGUUGAACCAGUCG